AAGUGAAUAGGUAAGAAACUCAAAGGCGGCCCAGUCAAACAAAGUGCAAGCUGGGGCUCCGGCAGAGCUCUGAGAGUCCAGCUGGGAUCCGAGUGCGAGCUCCGGUUGUGGGUCCAGAGGGACAAGGAGCCCGAGAGGCAGGACCAUGCAGCUGCCGCUAGUUCUUCUCCUUCUCAGCCUCCCAGGUUGCCUCUCCAUCCAAGGCCCAGAGUCCGUGAGGGGCUUAGAGGGCGGAUCUGUGACUGUGCGGUGUGACUAUAAACCAAGAUGGGAGACCUAUAGGAAGUGGUGGUGUCGUGGAGCAUACUGGGAGUUGUGCAGGACCCUCGUUCGAACCACAGGAUCACAGCUAGAAGUGAAGAGAGACCGUGUGUCCAUUGGGGACAACCAGAGUCACCACUUCCUCACAGUGACCAUGGAGAAAGUCAGGCAAAAUGACACAGACACUUACUGGUGUGGGAUCAGCAAGACUGGACGUGACCUCGGGGCACCUAUCAGAGUGACCAUUGAGCCAGUGAUGGAAAGCAACUAUGCUGCAAUUCUGAAGACUCAGCAGCAAGGGAGAAGCAUGGGGACUGUAUCCAGAGACACAAUUCCCAGUGCAGGGGCAGGGCAGCUCCCGGGGAGGGCUAGCAGGGCACUAGCCGCACACGAGUGCCCUGUCUGUGCCCAUAACUUGUGACUGACUCUGCCCGUGUCUAGAGGGAACACUUCUGACCACCUUGGCGAGCAUGCUAUCCAGGAGAA